CGACGCCCCACUGCCUGUUGCGCCAGCAUCUUGCACGGGAACCCGCAACCCAAAGACACUGCACGCGCAGCAUCAAGCUCUCACCAUGUCAGGUAAACCACAACGCUGCCCCUCCUGCGCUCCCGCAUGCCCUGCACCAUGCAUGCUCGCGUGCCCCGCAAACGCACCAAAUGGACGUCUCUAACGCCGCCGCGCACCCACGCAGAUGCAGACGGCGACUCGACGAUGCACUCGUCGCCCGAGCUCGACGCUGCCGACGACGACCUCUUUCCCGGCGACGGCGACGCGCCCUCGACGCCGCGCAACGCCGCCUCGUACGCGCCGGGCCCCGCCUCCGAGCUAUCCCCGCCCAACUCGCAGGGCCGCCUCCCCGAGGAGAGCCUCUCUGCGCUCGCUGGUGGUGCUCCCUCGAUGAUCAAUGCAAACGGCAAGCGUGCUCACCCCUCUUCAGUUGCGAGUGCCGCGCCCGCCGGCGGCAGCGGCGACAAGAAGUCGGGCCCCGUGCAGACCGACUCGGCGACGGGCUACCAGUGGUCCAGUCCAGACGAGGCGCCGGGUUACGAGUGGAAGAGCAACCGCGCGAGGGAGGAGGAGGCGAGGGCGCUCGAGGCCGUCGUCGACAAGGGCUCCAUGGUCAAGGCUCGCUACGGCGACCCGCUCAAGCCCUCUGUGCCCAUGAACCUGAACUCGAAGCGUUGAAGCGACUUCGCUUAGACCCGCGCGACACGACAUGCAUCCAUGAUGUGACGGAAUGAGAGAAGACGCCUGUGCUCGACGAGCAUCGAGGCGGCGUCGAAGGCCCAGGGAAGUGCUCCAAGCGAGCCUCAAGAUCAUGCCGAACAUUGGCCGCAUCAUAUAGGGACGUGAGGCCUAGCUACCACGUUGAUGCAGACUCAUAGAUAGUCUGCAAAGGAGUGCCCUCCAAGAAUGCAAUGCCAUGAUCCAAACAAUG